GGGGUGUCGGGUUUACGGCGCUAGCGUUUCGCAUCAGGGAGCGAUAAGAAUGUCGUGUGGAGCUCUUGCCGCGGUUUCAGUACCGGUAGUGCACGCAUUGUGCUGGUUUGGGCUCGCGCGGGUGCUGUUUUGAUUUCAAACUGCUAUAGAAUGAUGUCCGCGAGCUCCUGCCACGAGGCAGCAAGGUGUUUGUUUCCUUUGGAAGUCUUCGCGCGCUAGUAGGAUUAUCGCCGCAGUCUGAAUGAGCUCAACGCGUACACCGCGAACGAAUUAUUGUUGAGCGCCUGUGCUCAGCGCGAACGAACUCGCUGGACUCAACGCUUUGGCAUCGGGCCCAGCUUGGUUCGAACUCGGCCUACUGUGAAUAUCAGCCCGCUGCGCUCGCUGCGAGACUCAAAAAAGGGGCCUAAAAAGCCACGUCGCAUCUUUGACUUCGUCUGCGGCCCGUGUCCUUAAUCCAGCCACCACACGCCGCCGACAUCAUCUGACAGCCCCCGGCGCUGGGCCCGGGGCCCACCGACGCCCGUCCGAUGGGAAUAUCCACUCAUGCUCUGUUCAGAGCGUCGUAUUGAAAAAAAUCUGUUCUUCGCCGAACACGACGAGCGGCCACGAAGCAGCCGAAGAUAUCGUCGACGCGCUCACCAACAACCUCCGAACGCCCCGCAGGCGCCCGAAACCGAUCGAAAGACCAUGUCGCGCAACGCCAGCAUCCUCGUCGACAUCAGCGACGUCCCCGACUCGGCCCUCGAGAGUGUCGAGGACGGCCUCACCUACGACGCCGUCACGAAUUACGCGAGAGCGGCCAAGGGCACGGCCCAGUCCUGCGUCAUGUGCGGCUGCGGCGCAAGCAAGGGCGUCGUCAUCCCGCGCCAGAACAAGGACGUCUGCCGCGACUGCGACAAGGCCAUGUGGCGCCACCGGUCGUCGGGCUGCUUCUUCAAGUGGUGCAAGGGCUGCAAGAACUUUCUGCACGUCGGCACCUUCUCGCAAAAAUUGGACGCAGCGAAGUGCGACCGCUGCCGCGAGCGCGGCCGCACGUCCUACCUCCUCAAGAAGCGCACGGCCUCCGGCACGACGAAGGCCCCCUCCUCCCGAAGUUCGUCGAGGCCCGUCAAGGUCGACGCGACGGCGGCGUCUUCCUUAGUGGCUCUGGCGCGCACAGCUCCGGCGUCGGAGUCGAGUAGCGACGACGACGACGACGACCGCAUGAGCGCCAACUUCGGCUCCACAUUACAAGAGUACCAGCGCAAGCGGUCGCGGUCCGAAUCUCUAGGUUCUGAGGCCGAGUCGUCGUCGCCCGAGCCGCCCGCCGAGGACGAGUCGUCGGGCAUGCUCUUUGAGUUGGCGAACAUCCACGCGCGCAUCUUGGCGGUCGAGAGCCGCGCGGCGUUGGUGGAGCCCCUCGAGAAGCGCGUGGCGGAGCUGGAGCGCGAGCUCGCGGCGGCGACGGCGGCGCGCGCGCGGCUCGCGGCGAAGCUCGGCGAGGCCGACGACGAAUCUUCAGAGGGCUCGCGGCCGCGCCUCAUCUCCUUCGACACGGAGAGAUCCUCCUGAGCAUAGUCUGGUGUGUUCAUUUCCCCCCUUCUCCCCCGGUGCUUGUAAAACUUGGAAUCUUAGACACUUCACUCGUGAGUCGUGGCGCGUCGAUGGCGUCGACCCGCCGCCGACAUCUCCGCCGACGGAAAUGCCGACGGACCCUAGCUUGCAUGCCGCGUCGAUGGCGUCGCCGCCGGCGGAU